GCAAGACCUCCUGCGACUAGGAGUACGGAUAACUCAGAUCAUAGCUACCAAAGGCAACGAACAGAUUGCCGGCUAACCGGCACAACUCACAAACCGGAAUCGCGAUGUGGUUUCUUUCGUGAUCGGCAAGUUCGAUUCAGAAAAGUACGAUAGAAACUCGUUCACCUUCCGCGAAGUCACCAGCAAGGACAGCAGCAUGCCGAUCGAAGAGAUCCAGUACUCUGAGAAGUACUACGAUGAUGCGUUCGAGUACCGGCAUGUUAUACUACCGCCGGAACUGGCCAAACUCGUGCCCAAAACUCACCUUAUGACGGAAACCGAGUGGCGGAACUUGGGAGUGCAGCAGUCACCGGGCUGGGUGAUGUAUAUGCUGCACGCACCGGAACCACACGUUCUGCUGUUUCGGCGACCCCGCACUGAACCAUCGUCCCACUCAUCGUAGCGUUGAUAUUUUACCGUGCGGACAAUAUUCUGAAUAAUCGACGAUCUCAAUACCGUCUAUGUAAAACUGUAACAUCUAUUCCCAAGCUGUGAAUAGUUAAGAACGGCCGAUUAGGGUUCAACUGGGCCCAUCUUGUAGGCGAAACCGAAAUAUAUCUUAUUAACGGCAACUCCCGGAGUUUUUCGCAUCAGUUCU